UUCCCAUCAACAUCGACUGAGGUGGGGGUCGGGACUACAGGUGGUGGUCCCCCUUCCCAAGACAACAACCAUCAUGUCAAAGUCAAGAUAAUGGGAAGCGUACCUCUAGACAGUCCGAGACAUGUGUUCAUGUAUCCGCUGUGGUUGCGUUAUUGCGACCGAGAGCCCAGAUUGUGAGAACCUCGACGGCUGCACGCGCGCCAUGUUCCACUUUUUGGGCUGCCAGAUGGAAGAAACUCAGACAAUCGGAACAGCGACCCAUCGGCAAUGUGACAAGUUGAUUCCCUGUUACGUAGUAUAUGACCCAAUACAUACAGUCAAACGUUAAAGGGGCUGACGUCCGGGCCUCUUGGAAUUGACAUGCUUGGCGGGGUCACUUGUGUAGGUAUUGAUCCCUGUCACCAGCGCGACGCGCCCCGGCGCCCGGGGAUCUGCCCCGCCAUGGAGAUCCCGCCGAUGGGCGGCAAGGAUGCAUUCGCCGUCGCAUUCAACUUUUGAGUCUGUUUCCUUAUCGCCAAAUCAGAAAAAGUAUCACUGGAAAUUGCCCAAAAAAAGAGUACGCAUAACGGACCGACACAUGAUUCAAUAACACAUCAAUCAACCCGUCGCAUUCCAUCCAUCUACCCCACCAGCCAUCACCAUCACGACCAUUUACAACCGAGGACCACAACCGUCGCGAUGGCGCUCGAAACCCUCCAAAUCGAACACGUCCCCUCGGACCACCAUGUCUACGCCGCCCUCUUCCGCGACGUCCAAAACGUCGACUUCCUCCAAGCCCAGCUCAUCGGCAAGAACCCCGAGUUCGAGUACGCCUUCAUCGACGCUUCAGUCAUCAUCUCCCGCACACACCUGUUCGCCGCCAUCUUCCGCGCGCUCAACACCUUGACUGAGGGAACCCUUCAGACGCCCAACGUCCAUUCCGAUAUUGUCAUUGGGCUAAGUCCGACCAACAAUAUCUCCGAAUCCUACCGCCGCUACGGUCUAACCCCCUCCAAAACGCGCGACGUCCUGGUCAUCAAAAUCGUCUACCCCAAACUCAGCUCCGAAAACUCGACAAUCACCAGCGAACAACAACCAACACCAGAAAGCAUAUGGCAACACCUGACUACUCACAUUCAAGGCACGCCCGUACCGCUUACAAACGAGGAACUCGCCAAGUCGACGGAUUGGGCAAAAGUGCGCAAGUAUUACAAGCUGAAUGGCGUGCCGGGCGUCGAGAGGAUAGACAAGGCGGAUGAGGAGGGGAGGCGGAAGGAGAUGGAGGGGUUGGUUAUUAGUGGGAUUGCGCUGAGGGGGUUGUAGAUGAGGCAAAGAAAGGAUUGGGGGAGGAGGAGGAAUACAAGCAUAGGACAAGAUAAAGGUCAAGACAAAAAGUCGAUUGACAGAUAAGAAUGAAGGAACUGAAGAUACCUCUAGAGGUUGGGGAAUGACCUGAGACGGAAUUGGGUUGUAGAGAAGCAUAGACUUGGACAUGGAGAGCUGCAUGUUGAACUGACACCAGACCAAGAUACUACUGACAUCUUUACUGUGCAGCCGUGGCGAAAGUGUCUGAGCGAUGCAUACAACAACAGAGCAAAAGAUGGAAAGAAAAGACAAAAGUAGUGGAUGUCAGGAUCGAAGCGGGAACAUGGCCUAGG